AUGCCCUUAUUACAAUCCCCAGUGCACCAAAUCCCCUUAGCGACACCCACAAAGCCGGCCGUCGCCGAUGUCACCUCGAAUCUAGGCCCGUGGAUCCACCCUCAUCUUGAACAGGGGGUGGUGCCGGUCAAGGGCCGGCAACUGCGGGCGUCGAAACCCAUCCAAAGGGGCGAGCGGUUGCUGGUCGACACGCCCUACGCCGUCAUUCCCGCGGUGGAUGACCCCAGCACCAGCGACGCUCUGAUGUGCAGUAAUCCCACCUGCAACCGACGGAUGCCGUGCAACGCGAAUCGCAUCGCCUGCCCGAAGACCUGUCUGGCAGAUGUGAUGUGGUGCAGUGAAGCGUGUCAAGCCGCGGAUCAUUCGCGACAUGAGUUCGAGUGCACCUGGCUGCACCGGUUUGCAGCCUCCAUUCGCUCGAAAUGGGGCGAGUAUGAGUUUGGGAUGCUCUGGCUGAUUGUGCGCAUUCUGGCUGCGCGACAGCUGGAACUGUCGGCCGGAGAAAGUGAUCUCGUUCUCAAGGGCACUGAUACCGCUCAUGGGCGUGGGUUCGCCCAGGGCUGGCAAGCUAUGCAGUCCUUCUGCGGAUCGGAGGACUCGUGGUCGCAUGCCCAGGUGCGAUCCUGGACCGCGCUCGUGAAGAAGUACCUUCGUGCUAGCCCGGCUUUGCCGCAUAACCUGCCGGACAGUGAUGUGGUCAAGCUCAUCUGUCAAGAAGAAGCUAAUUCGUUUGGCUUGUACCCCCGCGAAACGGGCCUGUAUCCCGUCCCCCCAGAUGCCCUCAACAGAGGCGAGCAGUUCGGUGCCGCAGUCUAUCCCCGUGCGGCCAUCGCCAAUCAUUCGUGCGGUCCGAAUAUAAUGCAUCAACCUGACCAACACGGUCGCAUGGUGUUCACUGCGGCGAAGGAUAUCGCGGCGGGUGAAGAAUGCUGUAUCUCAUAUUUCGAUUUGACGAAGCUCACGGACCUUAAAGCAAGACGCGAGCAUCUGCAGACUCUGUUUCGAUUCGUCUGUCAAUGCCCACGGUGCCAAAGUGAGGAGCCUCCGGUAGAGGAGCCCGAAUGGGUGGCGAUGCCUUUUGGGGACGAUGAUCGAAAGCAGGAACCGCCUGACAUGCAAUCCAGCACGACUAAAAUCCCCGAUACGGUGGUUGAGGAAGAGCGCGUGCUCUCGGCUGGGUCGCAGCAUCUGCAUCGCAAGCUGCGAGGUAAAGAGGUGCAACUUCUGGCGGUGGGAGGCGCCAUCGGCACCUCUUUGUUUGUCCAAAUGGGCGCGGUGCUCCCUAAAGGUGGACCGGCCGGACUGCUCCUGGGGUUCGUGGCCUAUGGCACUAUCAUCCUGGCUGUCAACCAAUGCUUCGCGGAGAUGGUUUGUUUUCUUCCCAUCCCGUCGCCAUUUGUUCAGCUGGCGGGUCACUGGGUCGACGAUGCCCUAGGCUUCGCUAUGGGAUGGAACUUUUUCCUAACGAUGGCUCUUGGUAUUCCAUAUGAAAUCGUUGCGAUUAAUGUGCUCCUCACUUACUGGACUGAUCGAAUACCUGUGGCAGCAGUCGUGGUUGCUGUCAUGGUUAUAUACGGCAUUCUCAACACGCUGACCGUACGGUACUUCGGAGUCGCUGAGUUCUAUCUGUCCAUCUGUAAAAUUGUAUUGAUGCUGGGUCUCAUCUGCUACACCUUCGUGACGAUGGUUGGAGGAAAUCCUCAUCAUGACGCUUACGGCUUCCGCUACUGGAAGGAUCCAGGCGCCUUUGUCUCAUAUCUCGUAGCAGGAAAUACGGGACGAUUCUGUGGAGUCCUGGCAUGCAUGAUCCAAGCUUCAUUCACCAUGGUCGGACCGGAAUACAUCUCCAUGACUGCUGCCGAAGCAGAGCGCCCCCGAGUUAUUAUGCACAGAGCCUACUCCUCGUUCGUCUGGCGACUGAUGAUUUUUUUCAUCGCAGGCGCAUUAUGCAUGGGGAUCGUUCUACCGUACGAUGACCCGACCCUCGCCGCCACGAUCGCAGGAACCCGUAAGGGAAGUGGAACCGGUGCAGCAUCCCCCUACGUGAUCUCCAUGACCCACCUCUCAAUCCCCGUCCUUCCCCACAUCGUCAAUCUGCUCAUCCUCACCUCCGUCCUCUCCGCCGGCAACAACCUGAUUUACUCAGCCUCGCGCACCCUGCACGGACUCGCCCUAACUCGCAAAGCACCCGCGAUCUUCACGCACUGCACCGCCCGCGGUCUGCCCAUCUACGCCAUCCUCGUCACCAUGGCCUUCUGCCUCCUCGCCUUCCUGCAGGUGCAACACACCUCCGCUACGGUGCUAAACUGGCUCGUCAGCGUCAUCACCGCCUCUUAUCUUCUGAACUACUUCGGGACGUGUGUGACGUAUCUUCAUUUCUACGCCGCGCUGAAAGCGCAGGGGGUGGAUCGACGGACGUUGCCUUAUCGCGGAUACCUGCAACCGUACGCGGGAUGGCUUGCGGUUGUCGGGACCGGGGUGAUGGUUUUGGUGCUGGGAUGGGAAGUAUUCCUCAACGGCAGAUGGAGUAUUGAGACAUUUAUAUUGGACUAUGCGAUGAUUGCUGUAUUUGUGGUGCUGGGGAUGGGGUGGAAAUUGGGGAAAAGGACUGGAUGGGUGAGGCCGGAGGGGGCGGACUUGGGGGUCAAGGGGUUACGGGCUGAGAUAGACGAAUAUGAACGUUUGGUAGGGCUAGAAAGAUCGAAGAAAAAGCCGAGCUGGAGGUGGAGGGCUUUUGACAGAUGGUUUGAAUAG